AUGUGGGAGACGUCAUGCUACUUGGAAAAAUCCCUACACCCCUGCCAUCAAGAACCGAGGCGGAAAUCCGGGACCUUACUCAAGACGCCUGGCAAUCUGUUCUAUUACGAGAUCUGCACAUAUGUUCAAAAGAAUGGCUGGACUCAGUCAUGGGCUGAUGGAGCAUUUUGUCCCUAUGCUUAUCAAGGUGACCAAUGGGUGGGCUUCGACAACGAGCGGAGUAUUCAGAUGAAGAUGGACUUCAUAAAGCAGAAGGGACUCGCGGGAGCCAUGAUGUGGUCCAUAGAUCAGGACGACUUCACUGGAAUGUGUGGACCCAAGAACCCAAUCAUCAGCACUGUUCACCGCCAUAUGAGAGGAUAG